AAAGAGGACUAGGCUGACAGCUCUCCCGCCCCCACGCCCACUCCUCCAAGCCCCCACCCCCCCCUCACAGUAGACUCCCCCUCCCGGACUCCCACCCACUCCACAGCUCCCUCCCGAGGCGCAGGGCUGGCCGAAGUUUUAAAGUGGAGCCACCGCUUGCUGCUCCUGACAUUCGGGACGCGGCCAGCCCCCGAGCCCAGGCGCUCGCCGCGCUCCCGCGCCCCUGCUCUCCUGAGCGGGCUGUACAAUCCUCGGCAGUGUCCUGAGACUGUAUGGUCAGCUCAGAGGCCACGAUAGCCACAGAAGCGACUGCCCGGCUCCGAGGACUUGUUUCACACACACGCUUUGAUCUGGCUUUGCCCCCUCCCCAACUGGUUUUUAUUUUAUUUUAUUUUUUUUAGAAAAACAAUUUUUAAACUUUUUUUUUUCCUUUGGUGAUUCCUGUACGCAUUUGACAACCUCUCCCCUAUUCCUAUCCCUCCACCCUUUCCUCCCACAGCCACUCCUCCUCCCGGUUCCUCCCUCGUCACCUCUCUCCACCCUCUGCUUUCCCCGCACCUACCUAACCACCUGCAAACUAACACCUGAUUUUGCGGAGCGCUUUGGACCAGACUGCGCUCAGGACUUUUGCAAUCCGCCCAGGGCCUCAGCAAGCCGAAACGACAAGAAGUUAUCCGCAGCCGGGGUUUGAAGGAGCCUGGUGGCCCUCAAGGAGAAACGUGAAAAUGACAGCUGACAAGGAGAAGAAAAGGAGUAGUUCAGAAAGGAGAAAGGAAAAGUCGAGAGAUGCUGCCCGAUGUCGAAGGAGCAAGGAAACAGAGGUUUUCUAUGAGCUUGCCCAUGAGCUCCCCCUGCCUCACAACGUCAGCUCACAGCUGGACAAGGCUUCCAUUAUGCGGCUGGCCAUUAGCUUCCUCCGGACACACAAACUCCUGUCCUCAGUGUGUACUGAGAAUGAGACCGAAGUGGAAACAGAUCAGCAAAUGGACAACUUGUACCUGAAAGCUUUGGAAGGGUUCAUAGCAGUGGUGACCCAAGAUGGAGACAUGAUCUUUCUGUCAGAAAACAUCAACAAAUUCAUGGGACUCACACAGGUGGAGCUAACCGGACACAGCAUCUUUGACUUUACUCACCCCUGUGACCAUGAAGAGAUCCGUGAGAACCUGAGUCUAAAGAGUGGGUCUGGUUUUGGGAAGAAAAGCAAAGAUAUGUCCACAGAGCGAGACUUCUUCAUGAGGAUGAAAUGCACUGUCACUAACCGAGGCAGGACCGUCAACCUAAAGUCAGCCACAUGGAAGGUCUUACAUUGCACAGGUCAAGUGAAGGUCUACAAUAGCUGUGCCCCGCACAGCCUCUGCGGGUACAAGGAGCCUUUACUCACCUGCCUCAUUGUCAUGUGUGAACCCAUUCAGCAUCCAUCCACCAUGGACAUUCCCCUAGACAGCAAGACCUUCCUGAGCCGUCACAGCAUGGACAUGAAGUUUACCUAUUGUGAUGACAGAAUUACCGAAUUGAUUGGCUACCAUCCUGAAGAGCUGCUUGGGCGCUCUGCCUAUGAAUUCUACCAUGCCCUGGAUUCCGAGAGUAUGACCAAGAGUCACCAGAAUCUGUGUACCAAGGGUCAGGUGAUCAGUGGCCAGUACCGGAUGCUUGCAAAACAUGGUGGGUAUGUGUGGCUGGAAACCCAAGGGACUGUCAUUUACAACACACGAAACCUACAACCCCAGUGCAUCAUCUGCGUCAACUAUGUCCUGAGUGAAAUUGAGAAGAAUGAUGUGGUGUUCUCCAUGGACCAGACUGAGUCCUUGUUCAAGCCCCAUCUGAUGGCCAUGAACAAUAUCUUUGACACUGAAAUUCCUGUGUCGGAGAAGAGUAACUUCCUCUUUGCCAAGCUCAAGGAGGAGCCUGAAGAACUGGCCCAACUGGCACCCACACCUGGAGACGCCAUCAUUUCUCUGGACUUUGGUCAGUACCUCCUGCCUGUACAGGAAACCCAGAAGACCUUGAGAAACCAGAGCUUUGAAGAGUCAUCUACUUACAACAAAGCCCUUCUGACCCCAAGCCAGCCAUGGCCUGGAGACAUGAAAAACCACAGUUGCCAGAGUGAAGCCUCAUUCACUGUACCCCAGAUGGCACCGCCCGGCAGCACCACCCCCAGUGCCACCAGCAACAGUAGCUGCUCCACGCCAAGCAGCCCAGGAGAUUAUUACAGCUCUCUGGAUGAAAAUCUUAAGAUGGAAAUGAUAGAGAAGCUGUUUGCUAUGGACACUGAAUCCAAGAACCAAUGCAACACCCAGACGGACUUCAAUGAGCUGGACCUGGAGACACUGGCUCCUUAUAUCCCCAUGGAUGGAGAAGAUUUCCAACUGAGCCCCAUCUGCCAAGAGGAGCGCCCCCAACUGGAGAAUACACAGCCGAGCCCUCAGCCUAAUUUCAGUACCAUGAGCAGCAUCUUCCAGCCUCUGGCUCCAACAUCCUCCCAAAGCCCCUUCAUGCUGGACAAGUACCAACAGCAGAUGGAAAGCAAGAAGUCAGAUGUGGAUCCCCAGCCAAUGUCAUUUAUAUUCUUUGAUGGUGGGAGCAAGAUGACCCUCCCCCCAUGUUAUGGGCCUGCCAGUACCCCGCUGUCCUCCAUGGGAGGGAGGUCCAAUACUCAGUGGCCCCCUGACCCACCGUUAGAGUAUGGACCCAUAAAGUGGACACUGGCAGAUCAGUAUGCCAAAUCCUUAAGGAGAUCUCCCUCGGGGCCCCCUCUGCCACCACCCAACAUCUCAAUGUAUAAAAAAAGUUUGGUGAAGGGAUUGGGGCCACGAGGUCCAGAUAAGAUGAAUCCAGCCGUGAUUGCCCUCUCCAAUAAGCUGAAGAUGAAACGGCAACUGGAGUAUGAAGAACAAAACUUUCAGGACAUGAGUGGGGGAAAUUUGCCUGGCAAUAAUGCUCCUCAUCUCAUGUGGAAAAGGAUGAAAAGUCUUAAAGGUGGAAAUUGCUCCUUAAUGCCAGAGAAAUCCUUGAGUCUGAGUGUCCUCAAUGAUGAGUUUAUCCAUAACCCAGCACUGGGAAUGAGCCAGCCUCUAAGUCACCUGCCAGCCCCACAACCACCUUCUUCUGUGGGUCCUGGGGAGAAUCCAAAAGUGGUCUAUCCUCCCCAGUUUUAUGCUCCUGCAUAUCAGGAUUACAACCCACCACUGGUUCACAAGUUGUCAGGUAUGACAAGUCGGCUGCUUGGUCCCUCGUUCGAACCCUAUUUGCUGCCUGAACUGACCAGAUAUGACUGUGAGGUUAACGUCCCCGUCCCCGGCAGCUCCACGCUCCUGCAAGGGAGUGAAUUGCUCAGAGCACUGGACCAGGCCACCUGAACCAGGGCCAAGCUGUAGCGCCCCUCCCUCAGCCAACACUCUUUCAACAGCUUCAGUUUCUAAGUCUAUUUUUGCAACUAGAUGAUAUUUCUAACACCAAUACACUUUCUACAAGAUGUACUCGGCAGGUUGAAUCUGUCCAUGUCACCAAACAGUGGCCUUUUACUCACUUUUAUUAUCCCUGUUUAAAAGAGAAAUAUAUGUUUGUUUCAGCUACUGUAUUUUUCUCUCUCUUUCAAUGAAAAUGUUUAAAAAGUUGAUAUGAUCUUACUUCCAUGUCCCCUCUUGCUUCUAAUUUAUAGUCGCCCUGGAUUUUUCUGCAAUAUCCCUACUAACGAGCUGUGGUGUGUGUUUGUGCCUCUGUAGAGAAAAUACUUUGGCUCCAUUUUUACUGCAAAGGAUUAUUUUGUGUCGUUGCCAAAGAAAAGUGAAUCAAAAAAGAAUCAUGGCUCCUUCAAUCCUCCCUCCUUCCUAGCACUAAUGACCAUAUUGUAAAUGUAAUGUGUUUUUUUUUUUUAAGCUGACUAUUCUCAUUAUGAUACCGUCUGUCGGAAACAGAAAUGUGAAGAGUGAGCACCAAUGUUUGUGGUUCUCUGUGAAAGUGGCACAUUGUAGGCUUUUGUUUUGGGGGGCUUUCUUCCAUUCAGUGGGUUGGUGUUUUUAUUAUUGUUGUUAUUAUUAUUAUAAUACAAAAGCAUACCUGAGGUUUGUAUUUUUUUUUCAAGAAAAUUAAUAUCUGGGUUAAGUGUUUAUCAUAUAUAUUGGUACUUUGUUAUAUCUAAAAACUUCAAAACCAGAAUGGAGUCCUGCUCACAGAUCACUUUACGAGCUUUUUUUUUUUUUUAAGCUGUUAAUUUUGUUUAUUCUGGUGUUGCUGACAUUGCAGGAUUGUACAUAUCUUUCCCAUAGGCUGGCACUAACAUUGCUUGCUAAUUAUCUCUCCUCCUCUGUUAGCUCUGUGUGUCUCCUAUCUGCUGUCGGCCUGACUACAAUUCAGUCAAUGGGCAGCAGAAUCAUUACACUGAAGCAUUAAAAGGCAUAUUUCCCUUAUAUUUUAAGUAUGUAUUAUGUAUGCAUUAUUAUUAUUGUUAUUAUUAUUAUUAUUAUUGCUGGGCCUGAUGUCAUGGGGUAAAAGGGUGGGGAGUGGGCUGAGGGAAAGCUGAGGGAGGUGGGUGGGGGUGAUGCAAAUUUUCUUAAUCUUUGGGGGGGUUUAUUGAUGUUAAUAGCCCUUCAAGUGCCUGGAGUGAUGAUUCGGAUGACCUUCCACUAGAGGUAUUAGGAUACUCUCAGGGCUGCCAUGAAAAAUGGCUUUGAUGGGAACUGAAAAAAAGAAGCAAGAUGCAGAAACAAAGUUUGUUAUAUAGAGCAAGGGAGUAAGAUUCAGAAAUGAAUUUUGUUGUAUGAAGCAAGACAGCGUCCCAGGGUGACACCUUUGCAUGAGUACAACCAAGUCGAGGGUCUAGACAAGGACUCAGAGAAGAAUGGGAGCUUCCAACAUGGCCCCAAAGAGCUUAGGCAGUCUGCAGUCAGCCUAAACUGGAAGGGAGGGCAAAGAGCAGCCCCAUAGCAGCUAGGAAGAGGCAGAAAGGCUGUUGUUCCUGCUGAUUUCCUCCCUGAAAACUGCCUACUCAUUGGUGACUGGCCUGCCUGGCAGCAUUCAACCCUCCUCUGUGUUCUCUAACUUGCACUGACUUGCACAGAUAGGGAAGCACUGUACCUGAGUGCGUGUUCCAGGAACGCUCUAGUACACCAUAGAUGGGUGAGCUUACCUUUUUCGGUGUGAAUACACUGAACAUUUAGGAGCUUUUCUGUCAUUGAAAACAAAUAUGAAAAAAAAUCACAAGCCAUGAUUUGGUGAGCCUGGAAAGACCUAUCCUAAAGAAAAACACAAGGGAAACUUAACUUUAAGAGGAGUCUAUUUGUAAAGAGAGUAAACUUUUCCAGCAUCCGUGGUGGAUGGCUGGUACUUUGGGAAAGCAGCUUUGACAAACCUGCAUGUGAUGUGAGUAUUUGAAGGGUUACUGACACAUAAGCUCAUGUUUUAUUUCUGUCUUUGUUGCUUCCUCAUAAAAGGGCAUUUUUUUACCCUUGCAAUUUUACUAAAAACACUCGGAGAUCUAUUCUAUGCUUUAUAUUAACUUGACCUGUUGGCAUAGUGACUUCAUAAACUAUGAUAUUGUUGACUUCUUACUGAUGACAUUAUAAGUGUAUGGGAACUUUAACUUUAUAAGGAAUUGUAUUUUGCCACUGACACCUUAUUAAAGUAUACUGAUCCUA